AUGGAAAGGAAGCGGCAGGGAACAAACGAACCAAAACGGAUAUCCCAUAUCUCCAGAGAAAGAGAAAAAGUUAAAUCGAACCAAAGAGGAACCAACCAAACCAGAGUGAUCUCCUCAGAAGCUAUACGAAGCAAGGAUGGUGGAGCAAUAGUUGAAGCAGGUGGAAAACCAGAUCUGGAACACAUAUCUUGGGCGAAAAAGAAACCUCGUGGAGAUUACAGCCAAGCCACAUUGAAGAUACUUACUAUAGACCUGGAUCCACUAGCUUUAAGAUCACUUAUAUAUGACCAGAUCUGGAAGAAUAAACUUUCGGAGCAGCAGAUUCAGUUUCAUACAUGGAUUAAAAAAUCGGACUGGACCGGCCAGUCCGACCGGUUUAACCGGGAACCGGUGUCUAUCCCGGUUUGGUUUUAA